UGAGGGAACAGUCCCAACAUAUGGACCCACUCACUGACACGCAGGUUGACUCUGGACGGAACAGCGGCGUGCUCUGCGCCCACUGCGCUGUUGCGAAGACGGAAGCGGUAGGAGGACUUCCCUCUGGCCAAUAAUAAUAAUUCAUUUUUGGAAACAGUUAAAGGAAUACACCGCCGCCUGCCCAGACAUGUCUACUGCGUACAGAAACAGGAUACAGGAAUUCAAAGUAGCCUUGAGUGAAGAAAAUAUAAACUUGAAGACACUGAGGGAGCUGUGCUUCAAUGGAAUCCCAUUUGAAGGAGGCAUACGAGCGCUGUGUUGGAAAAUCCUUCUUAAUUAUCUACCUUUCGAUCAGACAUUAUGGGAGUCUUUCCUCAAAAAGCAGCGGGAGGAGUACUCCCAGUUCCUAAAAGAAAUGAUCAUCCAGCCUGGUAUUGCCAAAGCUAACUUGGGCCUUUCCAGAGAAGAUGUGACUAUGGAGGACCAUCCUCUAAAUCCGAACCCAGACAGCAGGUGGAAUACCUACUUCAAAGAUAAUGAAAUUCUACUACAAAUUGACAAGGAUGUAAGGCGGCUGUACCCAGACAUGGCGUUCUUCCAGCGUCCUACAGAAUACCCUUGCCAACUUAUCUUGGACCCUCAGAAUGAUUAUGAGACUCUGCGUCGACGUGUCGAACAAACCACCCUGAAAGCACAAACUGUAAACCGCAACCGCAGUGGAGUCACCAAUGUCAGUUCCCCUGGAAAAGCGUUGAACUUGUAUCCAUCUAAUGAAUAUGAGGUGCUGCCCAAUGGGAGUGAAGCACACUGGGAGGUGGUGGAGCGGAUCCUCUUCAUCUAUGCCAAACUCAACCCUGGUAUUGCCUACGUACAGGGCAUGAAUGAGAUUGUUGGUCCAAUUUACUACACCUUUGCCACGGACCCCAACAGCCAGUGGAAAGAGCACGCUGAAGCAGAUACAUUUUUCUGUUUCACCAACCUGAUGUCGGAGAACCGAGACAACUUCAUCAAGAGCCUGGAUGACUCUCAGUGCGGCAUUACCUACAAGAUGGAGAGUGUGUACUCCAUGCUCAAAGACAAAGACCUGGAGCUCUAUCUCAAGCUGGAGGAGCAGAACAUCAAACCCCAGUAUUUCACAUUCCGCUGGCUGACCUUGUUGUUAUCUCAGGAGUUCCUUCUACCAGACGUCAUCCGCAUCUGGGACACCCUGUUUUCUGACCAGGACCGAUUCCACUUCCUCAUCCUGGUCUGCUGCGCCAUGCUCAUACUCAUCCGAGAUAACCUACUGGCAGGAGACUUCACAGUGAAUAUGAGAUUACUGCAGGAUUACCCCAUCUCAGAUGUCCACACCAUCCUGACCAAGGCUAAAGAGCUGCAGGAUAACUCCUAACCUGCUGACUCUUUUCCUUCUACCUGUUCUGCUCAGAUGUGACCUUAGGACACACACUGGAGCCCUCCAGGGCUGUGUGUUCGGCCCCCUCCUGUUCCCGCUGUAGACCCACCACUGCAGCCCCCAACAUGGAAACAACUCUGUGACAUGGAGACACCAUCUUCAGCCGGAUUACAAACAACGAUGAGACUUCAUAUCAGGAGGAAAUCUUGCAGAGUGGUGCACAGAGAACAACCUACUGCACAACAACAGCAAUACCAAGGAGCUGAUUUUAGGAAAAAGGAGACGAAGACACACACCCCUGUCUACAUCAGUGGAGCUGAGGUGGAGCAGGGGAACAGGUUUAGGUUCCUGAGGAUCAGCAUCACAGAGAAACCUGACAUCGACAUCACACAUCUCCACCCCGGUCAAGAAAGCUCAGAAACGGCUGGAUUUCUUCAGGAAACUUCAGAAGGCUAAAUUCCCGUGCCAAGUUCUUGUUAACUUUUACAGAGGAGCAACAGAAAGCUUCCUGACUGGAAACAACACAAACUGGCACGGGAUGUGCACGGCCCAGGGGGGCUCUGCUGCUGGUGAUUAAAACCGCCCAGAACAUCACGCCACGGCUCAGUAGCUGGUAGCCGGUAGCCUACCCGUUGUAUUUUUACAUGUUUUGUGGAAAAAUAAAUGGUCAAACGCA